CCUGGAUUACCCCACAGCGUGCUACCCCUCUUGGUGCAGUUAGCGGGGUUAGGGUUAAAGCUGUACUGUGAACUGCCCCGCCACUGGCCCAUUAUGUCGCGUACGGCUUCCACGUCGAAUGUUUGUCGAGAUUGCUUCCUCGCCCUCCCUUCACUCUUCGCAACCACAACACAUUCAAAACUACGGCUAACUGCACGAGUCAUUCGAGUCUCCUCUCGGGCUACCUUCAACUCGCCUGGAAUUGUCAUUGUUCUUUUAAGUUUAAUAGGUCCUACAAGAGCAAGCAAACAUGGAGUCCGAAACCCUCGAACAAAUGCAAGCUCGGCAUCGCAAGGAGCAAAGAGACCUUGUGUCACGCAUCACAAACAAGAAGAAGAACGCGACCAAGAAGACACGCAAGGGCGUCAAUGAUGAAUGCGCCCAAUUGGAGCUCGAACUGAAAGCGAGACAAGAGGAGGAGCUCAGGAAGCUGCAAGGAGGUGACGACAAUGACGACAACGGCGAGCAGGCCCAGGAGCUUGAGGAAGAGCAAGACGCCGAAGAACCAACAGUCAACGAUGUGACUGAGAAGCUACAGAAGACCACCGUCUCCGAACAGUCGAGUAAAACAAGUCCCCCUCCUCCGGUAGAGCAGUCCUCCAGCGGCGGAGGAAAGAAACGAAACCGCCAGAAGGAGCGUCUCGCCCGUCGCCAAGCGGAAAUAGAAGCUGCUUCGGCAGCAGCCGAGAAAGAGGCCUCGAGCAUGGUGGACCAUCGCGGUAUCGAAAAGGCAUAUAUGUUGCGCGAAUUCAAGGCGCAUUCUUUGGAAGAGAAGGACAUCGAACCCGAUGGGCAUUGCCUCUUCUCCGCAGUGGCAGAUCAGCUUGCUGUCCACGGGCUUCCAGUAGAUGGGGCCUUGUCCGCGAACAAGGGAGCGCAAACACAAGAGAAGCUGCCGCCUUAUAGGAUCGUGCGUCAUGUGGCGGUUGACUACAUGGAGAAACACACGGACGAUUUUGCGCCUUUUCUCGAGGAGCCCUUCGAGACCUACGUGGCCAAGAUACGAGACACAGCAGAGUGGGGUGGACAGCUGGAGCUGACGGCGCUGGCAAACGCGUAUAACGUGGAGAUCAGGGUGGUGCAGGACGGUCGGACGGAGGUGAUACAACCCAACGCUGUCGCAAAUGGGGAGAGCAACGGGGACAAGGAGGAGCUGAAGGUCCUGUGGUUGGCGUACUAUCGUCAUGGAUAUGGCCUUGGAGAACACUUCAACUCGCUACGCAAAGCAGCUGUUUGAGACCAUGAUUUGCCAAAAGGCGAGUUAUCAAGCAAACGAUAAAAGUGCCACUCUCCCUGUUGCUAGGUUGCUCUUUCGCACACACAAAGUAACUGUAACCGAAAAGGUUUCCCCUGACCACCCUUACUGGUGGCUCCAGACCGAAACACGGUCAACCACGUUUCCUUGGUUGUCGUACCCAGCCUUGUGUGUGCAUGCGGGCUGUGUACGUGCCAGCCGUUUGAG